CUCUCCCGCUUCCUCUCUGUGAAAUCCAAGCGUUACACCAUCCAAAGUAUGUUCAACAACCGUGAGGGUACCAAGAAGAGCCCGGAGAAGCAGGAAACUCGGAAAGGUGAGGGUGAGAACCCAAGAAAACGCUUCAUCAGCGGAAUCGUGAGAGACGAAAACGGAUUCAAGAUGCGCCGCCAGGCGAUUGACUCGCAGAAUCUCGUCGCCUCAGAGCACUUCCAGACGGGUUCGCCGACACCGGAAGCCCAGACGAUGCCGCUGGACAAGACCAUUCUCCAGGAAGAGCAGGAGGGCGCAAACUACGUAGUGGAAGGAUCCGUCCGCCGGAUUACACCGUACUACUUCACAUACCUCACCUAUUGCAAGUUGCGUUGGAGAGACCGCAAGUUAUUAGACGUUUUCGUGGACGAGUUUCGCGACAGAGACGAGGAGCACUACCGCGAGGCGAUAUCCCUGGGCCGUGUGUUCCUCAACGACAAGGUUGCGAACUUAGACUCUAUUAUCCGCAAUGGGGAUCUCAUCAGCCACAGAAUCCACAGACACGAGCCACCUGUGACGUCUAGACCGAUCAGGAUAGUUCAUGAAGACGCGGAUAUCAUUGCCAUCGACAAGCCGUCGGGGAUUCCUGUGCACCCGACUGGCCGCUACCGCUACAACACAAUCGUGAAGAUUUUUGAGGUGGAGAAAGAUCUCAAAGUGAACCCGUGCAACCGCUUAGACCGUCUUACGAGUGGGCUCAUGUUCUUGGCCAAGACUGCCAAGGGUGCGGAUAAGAUGGCGGAAGCGUUGAGAAACCGUGAUGUUGCAAAGGAGUACGUCGCACGCGUUAUUGGCGCGUUUCCUCUCGGUGAGAUUUCUGUUGAUAAGAAACUCAAGACGAUCAACCCUAAGAUUGGGUUCAACAAGGUGGAUGCCGACGGGAAGGAGUCGCGAACAACGUUCAAGCGUAUCAGCUUUGACCCAAAGUCCAACACUUCCAUUGUCAAAUGCAAGCCGUUCUCCGGCAGGACACAUCAGAUUAGAGUUCAUUUACAGUUCUUGGGGUAUUCGAUUGCCAACGAUCCUAUUUACUCCAACCCAACGGUCUGGGGUGAUAACUUGGGGAAGGACGGUGUGUGUGACGUUGAACAGGUGGAGAGGGAGCUCUCUAAGAUUGGAAAAACAGAAUCAGCACGUUCUUGGGCCCAUUUGGACUCCAAGGGUGAGGUUAUAAGCGGUGAACGCUGUCCCGACUGCAAGAUUGAACUCUAUACAGAUCCUGGUCCCAAUGACUUGGAUCUCUGGUUGCAUGCCUACAAGUACGAGGCUUCUGAUAGAUCGUGGUCUUACAAGACGGAGUAUCCAGAUUGGGCCUUGAAAUCCCACUUGGAGUAUAUGGAAAUGGCAUUGGAAGAGGCCCAGAAGUGUGAGCCUACCACUGCUGCCUUUUCCGUCGGUGCAGUUUUGGUACAUAACGGAGAAGUUAUUUCAACCGGGUUUUCCCGCGAGUUACCGGGAAAUACACACGCCGAGCAGUGUGCAUUGGAAAAGUACUUUGAGCGGGAGGGUACACGCACCGUGCCGUCGGGCACUGUCAUUUAUACCACCAUGGAGCCGUGUUCCGAACGCUUGAGUGGGAACAUGCCGUGUGUGGACAGAAUCUUGGAGACUCCCGAAAUCCAGACGUGCUUUGUCGGGGUCGUGGAGCCGGAAACAUUUGUGAAGAAGAAUGUGGGAUUGGAAAAGUUGAAUGCUGCGGGUGUUGAGUACAUCCACAUUCCUGGAUAUGAGGCAGAGUGUUUGAAGGCUGCCUUCAAGGGGCACCCGGAGGAGGCCAAAGGAGCCGAAGCGGUUAAAGAAGCCGAAGCGGUUAAAGAAGCCGAAGCGGUUAAAGAAGCCGAGUAGCGGAAAAGGUAUCAUAGUGUAUUAAUAUGCAUUAAUAAUUAUUUCAUAUUGAGAGAAGAAUUUAG